AAAUUGUAUUAUCCUUUGUCGUUAUUAUACUGCAUCUUUUAAUCAAUUCAUUUUUCUUAACACGCUGCUCAUUUUCUUGCAGGAGUUACCUUGCCAUAACGUCGUGGUAUUAAUAGAUUAGUUUACGAAAAUUGAAACGUUAAACAAUGAGUGCUUCAGAUAUGGAUUUUGACAAAAAGAAAUACAUUAAUAUGGAACCGGUACUUCAUCAAAUAAACCAGGAGUGUAUUUCCCUUUCAGAUAAAUUGGUAAAACGAAACAACGACAUAUUGAAACAGGUUGUUACUCUCAUUACGAAUAAAAUGAAAGAAAUCGAUCCCCUCUUUAAGUUGUUUUUUACAACGGUCUUUUAUGGUGGAAGUUAUUUUGAUGGAUUAAAGGUCGGUUCGCCAGAAGAAUAUGAUCUCGAUCUCCUUUUGGAACUGCCUAAGUUCAGUACACCGAAGGUAAAAACCAGCAAUAUUCCUGGCUUCAUGCACGUUCAGUUGGAAACAUUCGAAAAACUAGUCAAGCAGCCAGAAUUUGAAAAAUAUAAAUCAGAAAACGAAGGAAUGGUACAAGCCAGAAAUUUUCAUUUUCAAAACCACCAUAAUCGUAACAAAAAAUAUUACCCUAAUAAUUACAAAACAAAAUUACAUCUUACCAAAACUCAGAAACUUUUGAUAAAAUGGCUUAUUGAAACCCGAAAAGUGGACAAACGUGUGAUUCCUGACAUUAGAGCUUUAUUAAAAUUAGUUGAUGACCAGUUUUACCUUUUGACAUCAAAAGUUUCUCGUUGGUUUGAAGGAGUCAUUCAUAAAGCAUUACAAUGUUUUCCAAAAGAAGGCAAUGGUUAUAUCUUAAGUGUUUCGUACGGAAAACUUCUGGCAACUGUACAUAAAGAAGGACCAGCUUUUACUUUUAAAAUUACUGGUGCAGAUAUUAAAUUUGAUGUCGACUUUGUGCCUUGUUUUAUAUUUAAAAGAAGUUGGCCCGAAGGUGGAUAUAGAAGCAAUCCUUGUCCAGAUUUUUUUGUUGUUCCUAAACAACCUAAGCGGACAAUGGCCAAAGUAGAACGUUAUUGGAGACUUUCUUUUCAAGAACAGGAGAGGGUUUUAAUAAAUAACUAUCCAACACUCAAGCCAUCGCUAAGACUCCUAAAAAGGUUACGUGACGUACAGAACUACAGUUGUAUUGCCAGCUAUUAUAUAAAAACAAUAUUUUUAUGGGAAAUUAUACAAGGAAAUGCUGAUGACAUUUUUAGACAUUCCCUAAGCUACGCAUUUAUGAAAUUAUUGUUCAACCUGCUGGAGUGGAUGGGAGGUCAUAGAAGUACUCAAAAAAGGUCAUUAUCCUGUCAUAGGUCAAUAACAACAGUAGUUGGUACAAUGGCUUCAGUACGACAAUAUUUUGGGACAUGA